GCUGUGCUUCUUUAUCUCAGCAGCCCUGAGGGAGUGUUUGCGAGUUUGUAUAUAAAUGUCCGCCAUACCGACAGGACACCAGAAGGUGUCGCUGACAAAUAUUAAGAUGCUGCAGUCAUCUGUCUUGGUGUUGGUGUCUCUCUUAGGCGUGGUUCUGGGUGGCUGCCUGAGAAGGCAGGGAACCAACAUCGUUGACAGCCAUGGCCACAAAGUCUUUCUGUCGGGUGCCAACACCGCCUGGGUGGCGUACGGGUACGAUUUCGGCAACAACCAGUACCAGUACCGCCGUGACCGUUACAUCUAUCUCAUGGACAAGGUCAAGGAAGCAGGAGGCAAUUCUAUGAGAACCUGGGUGCAUAUAGAGGGCGCCACGUCUCCAAAGUUCAACAGCAGUGGUUAUGUGACUGGGCUGGACAGUGGCGAUGGAUCCUUCCUCAAGGACUUCAUCCAAUACCUGGACGACGCCAAGCAGAGAAACAUCUUCAUCUUCCCCUGCCUGUGGAACGCCGCUGUCAAGCAGAAUCACGACAACCUCAAUGGACUGAUCACAGACAUGAGCAAGCUCAAGUCCUACCUCGACAAUGCCCUGACACCCUGGGUGAAGGCCGUCAAGGACCACCCUGCCCUGGGUGGCUGGGACAUCAUUAACGAGAUGGAGGGGGAGCUGACCCCCGGGGUACACAACUCGGAGCCGUGUUUUGACACCACCUUCCUCGUCAACUCCGGUGUUGGGUGGGCGGGCAACCUGUACACCGCGGAGCAGUUUCUCAGGUUCAUCAACAGACAGGUGGCUGCCAUCCGCCAUGCCGACUCCACGGCUCUGGUGACUGCCGGCUCGUCUGCUCAGCGAGCCCAGGUGGACCAAACACAGUGGAACGACAGGAACCUGUACAGUGACACCUGCCUCGUGAAGGCCGGACAAGAGUCUUUGGGAACAUUGACUUUCUAUUCCACACACACGUAUGACUGGCAAGGCCACUUCUCCCAGGAUUCUCCCUUUAAACAUAGUUUCGCCGACUACCACUUUGACAAGCCGCUGGUGGUGGCCGAGUUCAACUCAGUGCACGGUGAGGGUAUGACCAUCGAGCAGAUGUUCCACUACGUGUACGAUCACGGGUACGCGGGUGCGUGGAGCUGGCACGCGCAGGCCGACGGCAGCGACACCGACUCCACCGACACCCAGAUGCGCGGCAUCGCGGCGCUGCGCGGCAAGAGCGGCGUCACCGUCAACCCCUCCAACUGUUAGUGAGUGACGUCACGUGUGGAUGAACCUCCAGCCAUGUUGUACACGACUAACAGCCCCUCGACACCUGUUUGUGUUUUGUGAAAAUACUUUUUACACUUAUCAUGUCCAAUAAACAGUUACAGGCUGUGAG